AUGGCGUUCUUUAAUUUGCUAAAUCAAGUGGAAUAUGCGUGUGUUUGCGGCUUACUAAAUCCCCUCACUAAGCUGUACUUUUGUCGGCACUGUAUGAAGCUGCGCUGUGGAUUUUGUGUUUGCCAUGAGGUCGACUCUCAUUUUUGUUCAAACUGCUUGGAGAACAUCCCGUCUUCCGAAGCGAAAAUACGGAAAAAUCGCUGCAACACCUGCUUCAACUGUCCCAGCUGCCAGCACACGCUAUCCGUACGUGCAUCGACCACCACGGUUCCGCUCUCUGGUGCCGACUCGAAGGAAGGUUCGCCCGCAACAGACGAGCAAAAGCCAAAACCGGCGAACCCCGAUGCGCCUGCGGCUGCCCCAACAACCGCCAAGCAGGUGACGAAGAAGAUGUACUACUUGGCUUGUCUGACUUGCCGCUGGAACUCGCGUGACGUCGGCAUUCCCGAUCAGAUGGUCGCGACCGGGCAGUGGCCGGAACCGGACUAUCCGAAUGCGACCCGGUUCGCAAUGAUCCUCGAGCACUACCAGUCGGUCGUGCUGUACGACAAGCAGGAGCGGCAGGAGCUGUGGCGACGCAAAACGCCGAAACAAAGCAAGUUUCCCAGUCUCACCGAUCGCACCGGGCUGACGGUUUCGAUGAUACGCCGCCAGAUGGGCUGGUCGGACGGCAAGGUGCAGCUUAAGACAACGCUGACACCGAUCAAGGAGUCGGUUGCGAGCGCCGAUGUCGACGAUCUGCCAGAAGAGCUCUUGACCGGCGAGGUGAACCUGAAAACCGUCACGACGCUUGCGCAACGCCUCGCACAACCGGCGAAACAGCCGGCCACGGUCACUCAGCUCUAUCCGCAGCACAAGCUGCUCUCAAUCAAACGCUCGCUUCGGUGCCGGCAGUGUGACCACAACGUGAUCAAGUCGGAGUACAAUCCAUCCUCGAUCAAAUAUCGCAUCGCCCUGUUUGCGGCGUACCAUGUGCCGGAUGUGCGGCUGGUUCGGUGCGAUCCGGUUCGAGAGGGUGGCACCGAAGCCUGGCUGCUGUUGCGCAUUACUAAUCCUACCAUCAACGAAAUGGCCAUCACCAUCAUGGAGCUGCCGACGGUUGAGGAGGAGAAGAUGCUCAUUCAGGAACACAAGGCUUCGAUCGAGAUCGGUACGGUUGGUUCCGGUGCAGGUGCUGCUCCGUCGCCAACUCUAUCUGGGCUGAGUACGACUUUCACCCGGCAGGGCAUGCUGCUAGAGGAACCGCGUAUGAUUGACAGGGUCGUGAAUGGGACGCUAAAGCUUCCAGACAGCAGUUUCACGGUUCAUCAACGCGAUGAUUCUGCUGAAUUCGAUGAAGUAGUGCAAGGACACCAAGAUGAACCCAAGUUCAUUGUUUGGCGCAAAGCAAACCAUGUCGCCAUCCGGUUGGGUAUUGAAACAAAGCCGGAUGUGCCCGCCGGUGAGGACAUCGUCGUAGGCUUUUCAUUGCAGUACACCUACGUCAACACCGUCGUCGAUAAGAGCGUCGCGUCAUCAUCCACGGCUGUGAGUAGCUCAUCGUCUGGUGCCGGAAAGGAGCAGAAACGGCAGGCGCUUACUACGCGCAUUUAUCUGAACCUGGGCAAACUGCAACCGGUGAGCUCUGCAUAGGGGAAUGCUUUGGCCGCAUUUAGCUUGCUAAGCGCUACGUGCAAAACAUAAAGUGGUAUUUAUUAUGAACAUACAUUAUAC